UAUAAAUCACACGAGAGCCUGCUAGCUCCUAUUAAUAUCGGCUCCGUUCUAUCAAACGCGUUUAAUGCAUCUGAGGUUGUUAUGGCAAUGUGUAACUUACAGAAAAUAACGUGUAGUACUUGUAGAACCGUGUGUUGUAGUAUUUAACUGUUUACUACGAAGAGCAAAGCCUUAUGACAAAUAUGUUCAACGAAACUUUUAAAUCUUCGAGUCUGUUUUUGAAAUUAAGUUUAGUUCCUGCUUUUAUAGGAUUUUUGUGUCAUCUUGUAUCUUUUGCCUCGUCUUACUGGCGUUUGAUUAAGAGCGUUACAACUGUGUCACCGCAUAUAAGCUUUUACCCUCAGAUCAAGCAUACUUACUGUGGUCUUUGGAAUUGUUUUUCCUGUUUUUCAGACGAUCCAAAUUGCCAAUCUGCUAUUUUGGAGUUGGAAGAUGCCAUAGUAGUAACCAGAGUGUUUGUGACGAUAGGAUUGUUUGCCUCCUGUGGAACCCUAUCCCUUACUCUGCUGUGUCUGUUCAUACGGGAAGUCGCCUCACGUGACUUUGUUCAUAUUGCCGCCAUUUUAGCCAGCAUAUCAACAGGUGGAUGUGUGUUGAUUGGGAUCGUGGUUUACGGAACCUCCACCAAUGACCAUGAGGCAACCCUUCUGGAAAGCCAUAGCCUACAUUGGUCCUACUUCAUGUGUAUUGUGACUUUUCUUCUGUAUUUUGUAAACGGAAUGCUACUCUUUCUGAAUGUGCUGCGAAUUAAAGCAUCAUAAAAAGUAUUAUAGUUUUCUUAAAAUAAUACCUGUUGCUUUGUUGUUUUGUGUAGAUCUGUUAUAAGAGAAUUAUAUUAAAAUUAUUUUGAAACA